CCAUAUUUGGUCUCCUCGCGGCCUUCGUGAGCCUGUCAGGAGCGCAAGGAGAGUUCGAGCAUGAUUUGCAAGCGAUGGACGAUUCGCCCAUGGGUGACAUGAUGGUGGCUCCUUUCGUCGGUGAUCAACACUACUACGGCGUGGAUCCCUUUGAGGACGACAUGCCCGCUGACGCGAGGACCUUCAAGAAGAAGAAGAAGAAGCACCAGCAGCAGCAUCAUCACCACGCGUACCACAAUCAGCAGCUCCACGUUUACGUUCCCCAUCAUCAUCACCAGCAUCAUCAACACCAGCACCAUCAGCACCAGCAUCAUCAGCACCAGUAUCACCAGCACCACGGACACUCAGGAUAUGGCCACGGGGGCUAUGGACAUGGCGGAUACGGCGGAGGUCACGGUGGUCACGGUGGUCAUGGAGGAUACGGCGGACAUGGUGGUUACAAAGUUUAUUCCUAUGGUGGCGGUCAUGGAGGACACGGAGGACAUGGAGGACACGGCGGAUAUGGACAUGGGACACACGGUGGUGGUUAUGGCGGUGGCUAUGGAGGACACGGCGGGGGCGGCAAAGGAGGUCAUCAGCACUAUCGCACCUUCGAUGAUGACGAUGAGUUGGUCGGAGCCCCAACCUUUGACAUCUACCCGGCCAACCAUCAGGUGAGUCGCCCAGCAAUUCUCACCGUCUGAUUGAUGACAUCCUCUCGCUGCAGUUCAGCCAAUAGAUCCGAUCGUCUCGUCUCCCUGGCUGCCGAUCAUGAGCCAACCCUUCCUGAGCAUCUUACCAGCAUCAGAGCUUCCGACUCACUCUUGGGACUUU